AUGGUUCUGUGUCGCUGGCCUCAGCCUCAGGACAGGACAUGACCAGUGUCCCCCCUGGACACCAGCCAGGUGCCGUGCCAGGUGUGGAGAUUGAAGAUGUGGCCAGCAGGACCCUGCUCAGUGGAGCUGCCUAGAAGCACCAGAGUGCCCAGGGCCAGGAUGGAACCAUCAAAGCCGGCCAGAGGGCCCUGUGCCCAGGGAAUGUGUCCGGUUCGCGGCUGCUUCCCAGGCCCCCAGACCAGCGACCAGCACCGCGUAGGCGCUCGGCACAGACCGAGAACGGAGGCCCCACGUGGGGGCGCCUUGCGGCGAGGCGGGUCCCGGCCGCGCCCGGCGGAGCCGGGGAACUACAAGUCCCAUGGUGCAUCGCGGCGCCAGCGCGCAGACGCAGCCGCCCUCGGCGUCCUCUGUAGCGGGCGACCUAGGCCGCGGGACCGGGACGGAGGUAGAGGCCAGGGCAGCGCGUCCGGGAGCGGAGUCCGCGCCCGCCGCCGCCAUGCCGGACAGCUGGGACAAGGAUGUGUACCCUGAGCCCCCGCGCCGCACGCCGGUGCUGCCCAAUCCCAUCGUCUACAUGAUGAAGGCGUUCGACCUCAUCGUGGACCGACCCGUGACCCUGGUGAGAGAAUUUAUAGAGCGGCAGCACGCAAAGAACAGGUAUUACUACUACCACCGGCAGUACCGCCGCGUGCCGGACAUUACUGAGUGCAAGGAGGAAGACAUCAUGUGCGUGUAUGAAGCGGAAAUGCAGUGGAGGAGGGACUACAAAGUCGACCAAGAGAUUAUCAACAUUAUGCAGGAUCGGCUCAAAGCCUGUCAGCAGAGGGAAGGACAGAACUACCAGCAGAACUGUAUCAAGGAAGUGGAGCAGUUCACCCAGGUGGCCAAGGCCUACCAGGACCGCUAUCAGGACCUGGGGGCCUACUAUUCUGCCAGGAAGUGCCUGGCCAAACAGAGGCAGAGGAUGCUGCAAGAGAGAAAAGCUGCAAAAGAGGCCGCCGCUGCCACCUCCUGAGGCAGCUGUGGGUGCCCCUGCUGUGUGGCUCUGUAUGACUGUUGCUGAAAUAUAAAGCCCUACAAACUG